AUGGCACUGUCAGCAAAGAUAGACGCGGCGAAAAGUCAAGCCGAAGCUCUGAGACAUGCGAUUCAAGUUGAGAAGGUACGAAUCGACAAUAGCAAGGACUUCGCAACAUCUAAGGAUCUGAGAGGAAUCAUAAACCAGCCGCGGGUUCGCCGAAUUUUGAAAGGUCAUUUCGGGAAAGUUUAUGCCAUGCACUGGUCUGGGAACGGGCGGGACAUAGUAAGCGCAUCUCAAGAUGGAAAAUUAAUUAUUUGGAAUAGCCACAAUAUGAUGAAAGCCCACUCGAUACCUCUCCAUUCCUCUUGGGUGAUGACAUGCGCUUUUGAGCAGACGAGGAACGAGAUGGUGGCGUGUGGUGGCCUGGAUAAUCUUUGUUCAAUAUACAAGAUAAAUCAGCCUCAAGUCACACGUGCUACAUCUGAAUUGGCAGGCCAUGACGGCUAUCUUUCGUGCUGUCGAUUUGUGGAUGACUCAAAGAUAUUGACAACUUCGGGCGACUCCAUGUGCAUUCUUUGGGAUAUAGAGCGGAAUGAAAACGUAGUGCAAUUCACAGAUCAUACAGGCGAUGUGAUGAGCGUUGCACUGGAUCCACACUCGCCCAAACUCUUUGUGACUGGUUCCUGUGAUUCUACUGCAAAGCUCUGGGAUUCCCGUGUGCCCAGUCAUCCAAUGAUGACUUUUACAGGCCAUGAUUCCGACAUAAACUCCGUCACAUUUUUCCCGGAUGGAAAUGCAUUUGGGACAGGCUCAGACGAUUCAACAUGUCAAUUCUUUGAUAUGCGCUGCUUGAUGUGUGUAAACAAAUUUAAAUCAGAGAAGAUUCUAUGCGGUAUUACUUCGGUUGACUUCUCACGGUCUGGUCGCAUUCUUUUUGCAGGUUAUGAUGACUUCAAUGCUUACUGUUGGGAUGUGAUACGGGAUGGAAUGAACUUUCAACAGCAAUGGACUCUCUCUGGUCAUGAUAAUCGUGUCUCCUGCCUGGGCGUGUGCCCCACGGGUGAGGCGCUUUGUACUGGAUCUUGGGACACUUUGCUUAAGGUCUGGUGCUAG